AUGCCUCGAAAAUUUCACAGGGAUGAUGGGGCAUGCACGGAUGAUGGGGCAUGCACGGAUGAUGGGGCAUGCACGGAUGAUGGGGCAUGCACGGAUGAUGGGGCAUGCACGGAUGAUGGGGCAUGCACGGAUGAUGGGGCAUGCACGGAUGAUGGGGCAUGCACGGAUGAUGGGGCAUGCACGGAUGAUGGGGCAUGCACGGAUGAUGGGGCAUGCACGGAUGAUGGGGCAUGCACGGAUGAUGGGGCAUGCACGGAUGAUGGGGCAUGCACGGAUGAUGGGGCAUGCACGGAUGAUGGGGCAUGCACGGAUGAUGGGGCAUGCACGGAUGAUGGGGCAUGCACGGAUGAUGGGGCAUGCACGGAUGAUGGGGCAUGCACGGAUGAUGGGGCAUGCACGGAUGAUGGGGCAUGCACGGAUGAUGAGACAUGCACGGAUGAUGAGACAUGCACGGAUGAUGAGACAUGCACGGAUGAUGAGACAUGCACGGAUGAUGAGACAUGCACGGAUGAUGAGACAUGCACGGAUGAUGAGACAUGCACGGAUGAUGAGACAUGCACGGAUGAUGAGACAUGCACGGAUGAUGAGACAUGCACGGAUGAUGAGACAUGCACGGAUGAUGAGACAUGCACGGAUGAUGAGACAUGCACGGAUGAUGAGACAUUCUGUGAUCGGUAG